UGCAAGCCUGAGAAAGCACAGCAGUCAUCAUGAAUAUUACUGAGAAGUAAUAUUCACUGAGAUUCAUGCCCUGGACACCUAUGGUGGGGUGCAAAAACCAGUGCUUUUCAAAAAGAGUGUAAAUGGGGUUGAGCAAGGUUUGUGUUUCAGCACCAUCCCCACCUACCUGUCCUGCUUUACCCCAGCUCCUUGGCAUGGCUUCCCCUCAAGUCCAGCAGGGAAAGAAGCUCCCAUCACAAAAACUGAAUUCUAAGUUUCUCCCUGUGUGCAUUGGCACAGAGAAGGCUGUUAAUGACAUUAUUAUUAUUAUUUUUUUUAAAGACAUUCACACAAUGGAACUUUUAAUUGCCAAGGACAGUUUGAGAGCUUUAAUUAGCAGUCAAAGGAUGACAAGAGUCACAACAAAUGGCUUGUAUUAUUUCACAAUGAGAAUGAAAUAUUUCACAUGUCUUGAAAAUUACUACAGCUGACAUUUGGGAAAGUUAUAAAAAAAAAAAAUUCCUGGGGCUUUCUUCCAAAAUGUAACAUCAUACACAUGGUGUGUGGCCAGCAAAACACUCAGGACAGCCCUCAGUCACCCAGUUGUGCCUCAGGAUGCAUCUUUGAAUUCUCUCAGUAACCUCUGUACUGCUGUGUAUCAACUGUUUCCAAAUUUGAAACUUUGCCUGGAUUGACAGGAAGGACAAGGUGUAGUCAUUUUCUCUCAUUUCAAAGACAUCUCCUGCUCACUUUGGAAUUUUUUAAAAGAUGACUGAAACUCCUCUACUGAGUAUUCCGUCCUCAAACCAGAGUGAAAACCAGAGCAACUCAACUCAUUGCCCAGACUUGAAUGACUGGUGGGACAUUGUGUUCUAUAUAGUACCCAAGUACCUCAACGCUGUCUGUGUUAUUGGUAUGCUUGGAAAUGUGUUUGUUCUCCUCAUUUAUUCGCUGCACAAGGGCCCCCUGAAGACAGCUGAAAUCUAUCUUAUGAAUCUGGCUAUUGCUGAUCUUAUCUUCCUCGCGUGCCUCCCAUUCUGGGCGGUGAACACCAGUAAGGGGUUUAACUGGCCGUUUGGCAUCUUCCUGUGCCGCAGCGUCAGCACCUCCAUCGUCUUGAACAUGUACACCAGCAUCUACCUGCUCGUGGCCGUCAGCGUGGAUCGCUACCUGACUUUUGUCCAUACCUUGAACCACAGAGAAGUAUGGAGCAAAACUAUGACCAAAGGCAUCUGCUUGCUCAUCUGGUUCUUUUGCAUUCUUCUCAGUGUCCCAAAUUUCAUGUACCGGACUGUGAAAGAGUUUUCCUCGUGGAAUAUCUCAGCGUGCUAUUUGGAGUACCCCAACUCGUCGUGGAUAACAGCUGAACGCCUGGUAUUUAAUGUGGUGGGGUUUCUGCUGCCAUCCACAGCAAUCAUCUUCCUCAAUUUCUCCACCAUUAGAUCCCUAAAAAAAACAGCGAGAGAACGAAGAGCACUCAGAGCAAAGGGUUGCAUGGGGCAGAAAGGCAUGAGGGCAACGAGGCUGAUCACCACUGUGGUACUGACGUUUCUUUUCUGCUGGACCCCUUACCAUUUUUUUGUAUUCCUUGAUCUAUUAUACAAUACAGAAGUGAUCAAAGGCUGCUUCUGGGGGGAACUAAUCAACUUUGGGCAGCAGUUUUCUUAUAUUCUGGCUACCACCAACAGCUGUAUUAACCCUGUGAUUUAUGUCUUUGUUGGGAAAUACUUCAGGCAAAAGGCUUUAGAAGUUUUUUCACAGUUUUUUCCCUGUGGAUUUCCUUCGAGAUGGGUAUCUUUCAAAGAAAUGUCUUCAAAUUUCAGCAUGUCUACAGUCAAGAAUGAUUCAACAUAAUGGUUCUCAGUUCCAUCUUCAUUUUGAUAUCACAACUUAUUUUAUGCCACUGCAAAUGGCAUUAAAAAUUAAUAUGAAAUGCUCUGACCUGGCCUUCACAGACCAAGCUAAUUAUCUAUUGAAGUAAAUCACUUGAUUGUUUACUUUUUCCUCAGGUUUGCUUUCUUAGUUCUGUGUUAUCCAUCCAAAUGCAUGACAUGUGUGUGAUACCAGAAUUUUACACCAAAUUAUCUAACCUGUUUUACCUAUUAACAGUGGCUUAAAAGAAAAUAUUUUUUGACAAAAUACCAGAAAUCUGGUUUCUUUGCAGAAAUCCAUAAGCCAGUUGAAUGUUUUGCUGCAUUGUAUCUGUGAUGACAGCUGCUAUACCCCUUAUAAUAUUAUUCAUAAAAUUACAACAGGUAUUACAGUGCAAAUAUGAGCUUAAUCUUUAGCUGAUAAAUGCAUUUGAAAAGGUAGAGAAUAACUUUGGUUAUUUUGAACAAUAUUUUAACUGGUUUGCAUUUUCACAGUAAGAUAUAGAGAACUUUAUCUUUUCUGUGCACUUUAAUUAUAUUCAGUGCAUAACUAUUGUACAAGAUGAUGGAACACAAAGAAGUGUAUAUAAAUUGUAAAAAAAGCAAGGUAACACAGUAGCCUCCUCAAAACCUGACUUUUGCUGAUCCAGUAAAGUAUUACAAAAUUGCUCAUUAAGUACUGUAAAGAUCCUUUUUAUUUUGUAUAUGUGAAUAUAUCAAUGAUGGCCAUUGAUACUGUAUUAUUUCGAGGUAAAUACUUAGAUUCAUAUUUAUAUUUUGAUGAAU